AAAACAUAAACCAAUUAACUUUAAACUGCAACAGUUACGCAAGAAAUAAAUCCUUAAAGAGAAAACUUUAACAAAAUGUUGAAAUUGAUCUUAAUCUCUGCCUUUUGUGCUGUAGCCUCCGCCGGCUAUUUGGGUGGUUAUGGUGGUUAUGGUGGUUAUGGUGGUUACGGUUACGGUCAUGGCUUUGCUGUUUCAGCUCCUGCCUAUGCCGCUACGUAUCACGCAGCCCCGGCUGUGGUUGCUGCUCCUGCUGUAGUUAAAGCAUAUUCAGCACCGGCUGUCGUUAAAAGUUAUGUUGCUCCCGUCGCCACUUCGUAUGCCAAUACUUAUAAAGUUUCGAAUAAAGUUGCCUAUGCUGCUCCGGCUGUUGCCGUCCAUGCCGCUCCGACUUUUGCCGUACAUGCCGCGCCUGCUGCAGCUGUAGUAGCUGCACCCGCUCUCAGCUAUGGCUAUGGUCACGGCCUUUCCGCAUAUGGACAUUCUCUUUAUCAUCAUUAAGCCAAUAAGCAAUCAUUACAAUGAUCAUCAUCUUCAUUUUAAUUCCAGCAUGUGUCUAUAAUUUUAUUCCCAUAGUUUUAGUUGUUAUAAGAUAAUCUUGUCAUUUCCAAUUUUGAGGACAUUGCAAGAAUGAAAGAGUCACUUACUUAUAAAUGCAGGUACUUACAUUGGUCAUUGACAACGUGGAUCUUUGAAAUUAUGAAAUUUUUUUCCCGAUUGUGUAAAUAUGAUAUAUGUAUAGAAGAGUAUGUGUACCUUUAA